AUGAGUGAGACAUCGUCGAACGCAUCUGAUUCUGACAAUGAUGAUUCCAGAAUGAAUGAUGAUGGAUCUGCUGCCAUUAAAACCGACGAUAAUAAAAGUUUUGCUUCUUUAUUAAACGAAUUAAAGAAAUUAACAGCACAACCUAAUCUUGAUCUACAAAAACAUGAGCAUGUAUUGCAGUUAGUGUUGAAAUAUGCUAAUACAGCUUUUGAAUCAUCAAAAUAUUCUCAUCUAACCAUUGGCGCGUUAGUUGUAUUAGUCAAUUACUCUGAUAAAACAGUUCUUGUACCUUAUUUAAUUAAGACUGAUUAUCCCAGAACACUAUUAAAAUGGCUAAGCUCAAUUUCAAACGAAGGACGAUCAGAUCAUGUCGAACGUGUAGUUGGUGUGAUUUAUAAUAUCAGUCGUCAUGAUGAUGGUAUACAAGUUUUAAAUUCUCUUGACACCACAAAUAAAAUCAAAGAAGUUCAGACGCAUAAUAAAGAUCCAGAAAUAAAUAUUAUUUGCUCUAUGAUUAUGGCUCUCCUGUCAACACCUGAACAAAUUAAAAAUGAUCGUAAACGAAUGAACAAUAUACUGGAUCAAUUGUUACAAAUAGUUGUUGAUACAUCAAAACAAUCACCCAAAUAUCUACAUGGAGGAUGGCACAUCUCAGAACCAUUAAUCGUUUUAGUAAGAUUAAUUUGUUAUGAGCGUACACUUGAUUACAUUUUACAGCAUGCCCAAGUUGAAUUCGAGACAUCUUCAACAAUUGAAUUUUUGAUCAAAACAUUAUUGAAAUUCGACAAAGAAGUCGGUGCCGAUGAUCCUCUCAAGCUAUCAACCUGUACAGCAUUCUGUAAUAUACUGUGGAGUAUUUCACUUCGCUCACAGUAUAAACAAGAAUUACAAGAAAAUAAAGAAUUCAAGAUGUGGAUUGAGAAAAUAGCUACUGAUGAAUUUGUCCCUAAUUCUACUCAGUACGUACCAAAGUAUAUUGAAAAUAUUCAGAAAGCUGCUGACGGAAUUCUAUGUAAUAUCGACAACAAAAACCAAGUCAAUAUUCCAAGUGUGACAAUACGUGAUGGACAUCAAUCUGUAGUUAGUGCAUUAGUUCCGCACUCGUUGACAGACAGAAAACCAUCAAUUAUGAUUAGUUAUGCCCAUAGUGAUAGCGAUGUUUGUAAACAAUUGUAUAAUGAAUUAGUUAAACAUAAUCAGCAAUUUGAUAUUUGGAUCGAUUGGAAAAAUAGUAAGACAGGAUAUUUAUGGGGUAAAAUAGCUGAUGGUAUAGCAGAUGCAAGUGUAAUUGUGUGUCUAUUGUCAAACAAAUAUUAUGAAAGUAAAUCGUGUCAACAGGAAUUCGUCUAUGCACAUGAUCAUCUCAAGAAACCAGUGAUACCUGUUUACAUCUUGUACGAUAAACCCCCUGGCUGGCUAGCAAUACAUACAUGUGUUAUGAAAUACGUUCGUUUUUGUAAUAUAAAACAAUUGGAACAAGAGAAAUUAAAAGAUUUAAUUGAAAUGAUCGAAGAGAACGUAUCAGGAACAACUGCUCAAUCAGAUGAAGAUGUGCUUCCACACACUUCAGUACCCGUUCAUCAUGAACUGUUAGCGGUUGCAUCGAAAUCGAAAGAAGAAAAAGAAGCACAACCAAAAGCAUCAAAUGAAGAGUCGAAUUCAGGACCAAAAACUGAUCUUUCUCGAGAACCAGUUGAACAAUGGGAUAAAAACGAUAUUAAACAAUGGUUUCAAGAGAAUAAAAUUUUAAUGAAUCUGUAUAACUUAUAUCAAUUCGAAGACGGUACUCACCUACUGAGUUAUGCGGCUAGUCUUUCAAAUGAUGAAAAUAUAGAAUUACAACGUAAGAUAUAUUCUGAUGAAUUUGCUGCAAAGUACAAAGGUGAACGACUCUUACCCCAUCACUUUAUAGCAUUUGCUUGUGCUUUACGAAAAAUAAGUUCUGGACAAGAUAAAACUGAAACGAAACAGACCGCCAAUCAUCUUGCUACACAAAAGUCACUUGAAGCAAAGAAAUCGCAAACGUGUGAAAUAUUAUAG